UGUUUGUGAUCUAGUUUAAUUUUGCACAUAAUCCUAAUUUAGAUUCCAGAUGAUUUGGGAUUUUUUUAUCCUUAUAUUUUGAUGAGAAAGACAGAAAAAUAUGUAGCUAUCACCCUCUUCUUUUCCAGUUUUCUGGAGUUAAUUCAGCUUGUAUGGGUACAAAAAAAAAGUUAAUUCCAUUUAAACGUUGUUUUGUAUGUAAUUAUAGCUUUAAAAAUGUCUCUCUCUCUUCCUCUCAGGGGUCCACGUGUGGAAGUGAACGAUGCAGUACUGCAGGUACGAUCUAUUGACCUCAUCAAGCCCAGCAAAGGACAGAAUCGACGGGAGCAUCACACGGAUGGCUUCUUUAGCAGUCAUCUCAUCGUCCGCAGAGGACAGUGUUUCCAGAUGUCGAUUGAGCUGUCCAGACCUUUUGUCCCAAACAGAGACCAACUUCAUCUGGAGCUGAGACUUGGUGACGACAUACCCGUACACAAGGGCAGUUUGGUAAUUGCUCCACUAGUGUCGGAAUUCAAGAAAGAUGCCUGGGAGGUAAAGAUUGUUGAACAGGCGAAGACCACACUCAGACUGUCGGUUUACUCCCUCCCAAACGCUUGUAUUGGACGGUACAAACUCACUGUGGUCACAAACUGCCCGGCGGGAAAGGCCACUUCACCAGACGCACCUGAAAAUGACAUUUACAUGCUGUUCAACCCCUGGUGCAAAGACGACUCUGUGUACAUGAAUGGUGAAGCUGAGAGGACUGAAUAUGUACUGAAUAAUAUGGGCAAACUGUACUAUGGAACAGAGCAACAGAUUGGUACCAGAACCUGGAAUUUUGGUCAGUUUGAUGAAGGAGUCUUGGCGGCUUGUUUCUUUGUGUUGGAGAAGAGUGGCAGUCCUUGCUCGGGAUGGGGAGACCCUAUUAACAUAGUCAGAGUGGUGUCUGCCAUGGUCAAUUCCAACGACGAUCAAGGUGUGCUGAUGGGUAACUGGCAAAAGACCUAUGAGGGAGGACUUUCCCCAACAGCCUGGAGUGGAAGCAGUGCCAUCCUGAAACAAUACCACGACACUAAAGGAAUACCUGUCAAAUAUGGACAGUGCUGGGUCUUUGCUGGAGUCACCAACACACUGUGUCGGUGUUUUGGCAUUCCCACACGUCCAGUCUCAAACUUCAGCUCUGCUCAUGACACUGACAGUUCCUUGACAACAGAUGUUUAUUUCGACGAGAAUCUUAAAGAAAUUAAAGAUCUUAACCGGGAUUCAAUCUGGAACUUCCACGUGUGGAAUGAGGCCUGGAUGGCUCGUCCCGACCUGCCGUCUGGUUUUGGAGGUUGGCAGGUGGUUGAUGCCACUCCUCAGGAGACCAGCCAGGGCGUCUUCCGCUGUGGCCCAACAUCUGUUGCUGCGGUCCGCAGUGGACAGACCUUCCACAAAUAUGACACAGGCUUCGUUUUUGCUGAAGUGAACAGCGAUAAAGUCUACUGGCAGCGCAAAACUGACGGGACCUUCGAUGUGAUUCGGGUUGACAAGAGCGCAGUGGGUCACUGCAUCAGCACCAAAGAUGUUGGCUCAGACAAACGUGUGGACAUCACACACCUCUACAAACACCCAGAAGGUUCUUCGGAGGAGCGCAGCGCUGUGGAAGCGGCCUGUAGCUUCGGCUCCAAGCGGUCCGCCUACUCUCCCACCGGUGCCGGUGAUGUGACUCUGGACGUGUCCAUGCGGGGCGAUGGACCAUGUGUUGGUCAGGACGCUGAGCUGUCCAUCCUUCUGAAGAACAGCAGCAGCGCUCCUCGCAGUGUUGAUCUCCACAGCCAGGUGACAACCGACAAGAUCGUCCUGAAGAAGGACCAGACCAGUGUUGAGCUCAAGCCCCACGAAGUGCGGUCUCUGGACUGGACCCUGCGCUAUGAGGAAUAUCAGGAGAAGCUGCGGGGUCAGUCGGCUCUGGUGCUCACUCUCUCGGGACGGGUCACUGAGACCAAACAAGCUCUGGCCAAACAGUUCAACUUCAGACUGCGCACACCAGACCUCAUCAUCGCUCCUGUGUGUGAUGCUGUAGUGGGCAGAGAGCUGACGGUCAAGAUCAAAUUCCAGAACCCGCUGCCCCGUGUGCUGAAGGACGUCGUGAUCCGGAUCGAGGGACUGGGAAUGCGGAACGUCAAAACCACUCACUACGGUGAUAUCGCAGGCCAAGCCACAAUGAGUCUGACGGAGACAUUAGUUCCCAAUCGCCCCGGCUCACAGAAGCUUCUAGCAACACUUGACUGUCCUCAGCUCACUCAGGUGCAUGGAGUCGCAAACAUCUUGGUAAAAGACCGCUGAGAAACCUUGACUUCAUCUAAACAUCUACAUUCUCAAGACAUUGAUAACUACACUGAGACUUACACAGUUCAAACAUGCAGCUUUUCAAGGUGCAUAUUAUCCUGGAUUUUUAGAGUUAGUCCAAACCGGGGGUUCGUGGACAAAAACCCAUAUUAAUAAGCUGCCAUUGGUUGCAUAAUGGCCCAGAGGGAUCGUAGGAGUUCGUGGGAUGCCCUCUCUCCUAUAGACUUGGUGGGGAGUGGGCCUUAUAGGACUACCCACGAUUUAAUUAUUCGGAUGCCUCUAGUUGGCGCCGGAGAGAGAAACCCCACCACCCCCCCAUACCACAGACCCACUAUUUGUCCAAUAACCCACUAUAAUGGGCAAACGUGCCGGGACCCGCCCCCAGCCACUCCCGGGCCACGCCCCCAUCCCACGAACCCACUAUUUGUCCAAUAACCCACUAUAUUUACCAAAAGUGCUGUAGACCCACGCCCCCACUCCCGGGCCACGCCCCCAUCCCACGGAACCACUAUUUGUCCAAUAACCCACUAUUUUUACCAAAAGUGCUGUAGACCCCCCCCCCCCCCCACACACACA